AUGUCUUCUGGGCAUGAUCUCCAAGCAGGCGUUGUAGGAAUCACUGAGAGUGUGCAUGUCGCUCUUGUUGAGGAAGCUCCAACGGAAGGUAGCCAGGCUAUGGUUCUCGUUGUAAUGCCUCAGCAAGGGGCAACUCUAGAAAUUGUCGUAGAGGAUGAACCUACUACAGAGGAAGGACCCUCCAAAAAGGACAAUGGAAAAAAGAGGGCCAAGACACCCCCAGCCGCACAGGCUUACAAUGACUCCAUUUGGGAGAUGGACGAAAAAGCUAACUAUAUCCAAUCUUUCAUCUACGACAGCAUCAUUAUCGCAACAACAAUAAUAGCACCAACAACAACAACAACACCAUCAACAAAUUCCACCACCACAACAACAACAACAACAAAAACUUCCACCACAACAACUGCAAAUAGUUCCACCCCAAAUUACUUUGCCUCUUAUACAACAAUUAGCACCUUCAAACUCAACAAACGUUUUUGCAAAAAAUAA